AUGAGGGCCAGUCGUGCCCUCUACCGCCUCGGCCGCAUGAACCCGGUGUGGCAGCACUUCGCGACUAAUGCUGCUGCGUCGUCGUCGUCGCUGGCAACCGAAAAGAAGUCGUGGAAUGCGGACUGGUAUGGCCUGUGCCGACGCAUGGUGGCGGACGGUCGGCGCAAGGCUCAGGUGCCUCGCAAUCGGCAUAUCGAGGGCGGUAACGAGAGCUUCGGCUUCGAGCACCAUUGCAAAGGCGUUGAGCUGGCUCACCGGUGGCAGACCAGAAGCGGCCCCAUGUUGCCAUCAGCUCUCACCGUGGGCGAUGUCAACGCCGGCAUCCGCCCCCCGGCGAUUGUCAUCGACAGCGGCACCUUGAAUACCAAAGUUGGAUUCGGCGGGGAAGAGAAGCCCCGAGCGACGUUCCCUACGAUAGUGGGUCGCCAACGUCACUGCCACUCCUUCACCCCGAAGGUCUACACCGGUGACGUGGCCCUCCAGAGAGGUGGCCACCUCACCUGCAGAUUCCCUCCAAUGGACCAUCCCGUGCUGAACCUCGAGCCGAUCGCGCAAUCGCGUGCCAGUCGAGAAAAGGCCACCCAGAUCAUGCUCGAGACUUUCAACGUUCCGGCCUAUUGCUCCGUCGCUCAGCCGGUCGCGGCGCUGAUGGCAAACGGGCUCAAAACCGGUUUGGUCGUGGACGUGGGUGAGAACAUCAUCGACGUGGCGCCCGUGUAUCAAGGGCACUGCCUGCAGUACGCCGCGCAAAGAUUGGAAAUCGCCAGAGGGCACGGACUGACCGGGGUCCUCCGCGCCUUGCUCAACGAAAAUCGUGAACCAAACCAGCGACUCCGUACCACCUCUGAGUCCCAGAAAGUGCGCCAGGCCAAGGAGGCGCUGUGCUUCACGUCGCUGAACUUUGAGGAUGACAUGCGCAUUGCCGACAUGCAGCAGAACACCGUGCGCGACCCGCUAUUCGGGAACAUUGUGUUCGCGGGCGGGUCGUCAGCGAUGCCCGGAUUUGGCCAGCGCCUGCAGCACGAGGGCCGAUCCGCUGCUGGCGACGUGCAGGGCGGAGCCGCAUUCGCCUCCCUCGCGGCGUUCGACGACGCCUGGCUAACGAGCCAGCAAUACGACGAGUACGGCCCGCCCCAAAUCGAUUGGGUCUGCUACUGA